AUGGUGAGCUCAGCCAAUGGGGAUACGAGUUUCUGGGAGAGAGCCAAUCAGUACGCGGUCUGACACAGAAGCCCAAUGGGGCGCCGAUUCUGCGGGCUGGGGCCCGCCCCGCCUCAGCAUCCGGAGACGCGGGCAGUUCGCGUGGUCUCUGCUGUUGCCACUUCCCCUGCUGUCGCCUCAGCACCAUGGACGCCGCCAAGCAAGUGGUUAACUUUGGGCCCGGGCCUGCCAAGCUGCCACACUCGGUGUUGUUAGAGAUACAGAAGCAGCUACUAGACUACAAAGGGCUUGGCAUCAGUGUGCUUGAAAUGAGUCACAGGUCAUCAGAUUUUGCCAAGAUUAUUAACAACACAGAGAAUCUUGUGAGGGAAUUACUAGAUGUUCCCAACAACUACAAGGUGAUCUUUGUACAAGGAGGUGGGACUGGCCAGUUCAGCGCCGUCCCCUUAAAUCUGAUUGGUCUGAAAGCCGGAAGGUGUGCCGACUAUGUGGUGACAGGAACUUGGUCAGCUAAGGCCGCAGAAGAAGCCAAGAAGUUUGGGACUGUGAAUGUCGUCCACCCUAAACUCGGAAGUUACACAAAAAUUCCAGACCCAAGCACCUGGAACCUCAACCCGGACGCUUCCUACGUGUACUUCUGUGCAAACGAGACUGUGCACGGGGUGGAGUUCGACUUCAUACCUGACGUCAAGGGAGCCGUGCUGGUCUGUGACAUGUCCUCAAACUUCUUAUCCAGGCCAGUGGACGUUUCCAAGUUUGGUGUGAUUUUUGCUGGUGCUCAAAAGAAUGUUGGCUCUGCUGGGGUGACGGUGGUGAUCGUCCGUGAUGACCUGCUGGGGUUCGCCCUCAGAGAGUGUCCUUCAGUCCUUGAAUACAAAGUGCAGGCUGGCAACAACUCUUUGUAUAACACACCUCCGUGUUUCAGCAUCUACGUCGUGGGCAUGGUCCUGGAAUGGAUCAAGAACAAUGGUGGAGCCGCAGCCAUGGAGAAGCUCAGCUCCAUCAAAUCCCAAAUGAUUUAUGAGAUAAUUGAUAAUUCUCAAGGAUUUUAUGUAUGUCCAGUGGAGCGCCAGAAUAGAAGCAGGAUGAAUAUUCCAUUUCGCAUUGGCAAUGCCAAAGGAGACGAAGCUUUAGAGAAGCGAUUUCUUGAUAAAGCGGUGGAACUCAACAUGAUCUCUUUGAAGGGGCACAGGUCAGUGGGAGGCAUCCGUGCCUCUCUGUAUAAUGCUGUCACCAUUGAAGAUGUUGAGAAGCUGGCUGCCUUCAUGAAGAACUUCUUGGAGAUGCAUCAGCUAUGAGCAUGACUAGCUCCACGCUGUCUGUGAGCACCAUGCGGCGUUCAGAGUAACUUCAGAUUGGCUACAGUAACUUAACAGAUGUGGUUUUUCCCCAAUACAUGCUUAACAUGGACUCUUCUUCAAAGAGUAACACCUAACCAUCCAGGGCUCUGCAGAGCUGAUGGGAUUCUCAGCUGAUGGCCACCUUCAUUUUGACUUGACCUGGAGGCACUUUCAAAGCUUUCCUGUUGCUUUUCUUUUCUUUUUUUUUUUUUUU